AUGCCAGGGUGCCGCCCUCCUUCUGCCUUCACUCCUCUUCCGCCCCCCCUCGUUUCGGCUUUUGGUGAACCGACCCCUGAACUGCCGAAACUCUCUUCUCAGCCUCUCGCUUUUUCAUCUCUGAUUCCUUCCCGAGGGCCUCGGCAGCGUCGCCAGCGCCGCCAAUGGCCAACGGCGCAGCACGGCGCGCAUCCUGGGCCUGAAGGGAGGCUCUGCGUCGACGGCGGUGCGAUGGUGGUCGCUGUGAGCUGCGAUGAAUUCACUGGUAUCACCGCGAACGGUGAACAGCUGAGCACUGCGGAGGCUAUGAAGCAAGCCGUUGCCGAUUUUUUAAAAGACAGCGCCCACCUUCAAGAUGAUGAAGCAAGGGCCAAGUAUAUGAGCACUGUGCCUUUCAAUGUCCACUUUGGCGCGGUGGACGUUCGCCAGGCAUUGAUCAUUCCACCUGGUUGGGUGGUUGCGAUCGUUUCGCCGCGUGCUUCCGAGAAGCGCUGGUUGGGUGCUUCGGCAAGCUUCCUUGAUCAAAUUUCUGCCAAGUCCAAGGCGAAUUUGAAAGCUUUGAGUGCUGCCAGCUCUGGGGCUGCCACCAAGGCCGCUCUGAAUGCCAUGGUCGAUGCCUUCCCUCGGCUGGACGGCGCGCCAGCGUCCCCGUAUUGUGAGGUGCCUGAGGCGCCCGCUGAUGCGCCGCCGCCCCCGCCGCCCUCUGAGCCUGUUGCUGCGCCGCCGUCCUCGAAGGAGGAGGAAGUGCCUGCGGCGCCGCCGUCUGCGCCAGUGCCCCAGAAGGGUGAGGCCACGGCCGAGGCUGAGAAGUCCGAGUCCCCGAAGGGUGAGGUGCCUGAGGCGGCGGCGCUGCCAGCGGGCCCGGCGGCGCAGUCGGAGCCCGCCGCGCAGUCGGAGCCCCGGGCGAGCGCAGCUGCGGCUCCAGCUGCGCCGCAGGGCAAGGCGACGCCGAAAGCCAAGGUGGGCCCAGGGCCCAAGGCAAAGGCUAAGGCGAACGUGCUGCAGGCUCUGGGCGCCUCGGCCAGCGCCGAUGCAUAG